AUGGGAUCCUGGUUUCGGUUUCUCACCCCUCCUCUCUUCCUCUGUCCCCUGUCGGUGUCCUCUCCAGAUCAGAUGGGAUCCUGGUUUCAGUUUCUCACCCCUCCUCUCUUCCUCUGUCCCCUGGCCGGUAUGCACCGGGCUGCGCCCUUAGUGGCCCUGCUGGACGGGCGUGACUGCACCGUGGAGAUGCCCAUCCUAAAAGACCUGGCCACCGUCGCCUUCUGUGACGCACAGUCCACACAGGAGAUACACGAGAAGGUGUUGAACGAGGCAGUAGGGGCCAUGAUGUACCACACCAUCACUCUGACCAGAGAGGACCUAGAGAAGUUCAAGGCUCUACGCAUCAUCAUCCGCAUCGGCAGCGGCUACGACAACAUCGACAUCAAGGCAGCCGGAGAGCUGGGCGUAGCAGUGUGUAACAUCCCGUCGGCUUGCGUAGAGGAGACAGCGGACUCCACCAUGUGUCACAUCCUCAACCUGUACCGACGAAACACCUGGUUGUACCAGGCUCUCCGGGAGGGCACGCGGGUCCAGAGCGUGGAGCAGAUCAGAGAGGUGGCGUCCGGAGCGGCACGCAUCCGUGGGGAGACACUGGGCCUUAUAGGCUUCG